AUGCCGGGGCUGGCGACCGAGGAGGGGAUGGACAACUGGAGCCCGGCCCCGCCACUCUAUGAAGAGUACCGCCCGCCGCCACUGGACACCAUCCGCCUGCCCAGGUACGUGCUGUACCUGCUGCUGGCUGCGUUCCUGGUGGUGGCCGUGGCCUACGCCAUUGUGGGCCAUCUCAUCAAGGACCUUGCCCACGAUCUGGCUGACUGGGCUUUUGGCCCGAAGCCGGAUCAGGAGGACGCCCCCCAGGAGCUGCCCGAGAGCCCCGAGGGCGAAGACCUGGAAGAACUGGACCUGCAGCUGGCUCUGGCCUGGAGGGGCGAGGAGGAUGCGGGUGGGGGUGGCGAGGGGGCCCCCACAGAAGCCCCCACCAGGGCCCCCCGCCGCCCCUCCAUUGCCUUCAAAGAUCCACCAGUCCGGAGCUCUUUUUGGAAGCUGGGCUGA